GGGAGCGUUUUCCACCUACGUCAUUGUGGCGUAGUGCGUUGCGUGAGCUAGCUGUAGCAGUGUUAGCUGUGUAACGGUGAUGUUGUAAAGAGUGUCGGAGGAUUUCCAAAAUAUCGACGCAGAUCGACAUUCAUGCGAGGAUUUGUUAUUACUGCUCUGUGUUAUGUCUGUGAAGAGCCCUUCAGACCUGCUCAAUGAAAACACCUACAUCCCACCUUCACUGACCCUUGACCUCUGCUUAUCACAUGAAAGAAAGCUGGGCCUGACAGAUACUCGUGGGUCAAAUCCUUUCUCUCUAAAGAGUAAACUUAAUUACGACAGCACAACCUCCAUUCAGCUUCUCAAAGGCAUUAUGGGAGGAAUAGAUGAUGAUGAUGAUGUAUCCCUCCGACACCAGGAAGAUGAAUGGAGCAGAAAUCAGGAGAAUGAACACAGUCUUCCAGGCUCUGAGAGCAACGCCAAGUGGAUGAAGGAAGAUCAGAAUCAAAUAUGCAAGUUAGCAGAGCAACAGCAUCAGCAGCAAGACCAGAAUCUCAACCUGGUUGAAAACGAGAAUGCAUCCACAGACAGAAACCCAAACCAGAAUUCACAGCAGAGCCAUGAAGAGAAGAACAAGACCCUGAAAGCUCUCUGUUCUGACCACAGUUGGAUAGCUGAUGAACCUCUUCUGAUUUACUCUUCUAACACUCUGAUGGAGAAGAAUCAAGAAAACCAAGAGGAGACUAGAGACGAGGAAGUAGAGAGAGAGAAAGAGGAAAAUUUAAAUCCCAGUGGAGGCGAGAACACCAAUUCAUCUGAGAUUCAGAAGAUAGGAGGUGAAGGUGGCAGCCGAAAUGCUUGUUUGCUGUUCAGUAAGCACGGCAUUCCCAGCGACGAGGACUCCAGCUGCAUGUCGCUGUCACAGGGAAGCACUGCAAGCUGCACCCCAGAUGGAGAGCCAGAGUCCUACUGGGAUGGAAGUGCAUUUGAAACAGACACGGACCUGCCCGCUGGUUGGAUGCGAGUGCAGGACACAUCAGGCACCUACUACUGGCACAUUCCCACAGGUACCACGCAGUGGGAGCCACCGGGGCCCCUAGAGGAGAGACCAACAAGCACGUCGCCCGCAGUCACACCUGCUGACGAGCCACAGAUAACAUGGAGCGGUGUUUCUCAUCCAAACACAUUCAGUGAGGAAGAGCACUGGCAGAAGGAGGAUGUGGCUUCUGAUGAAAGUCUGAAGGAGUUUGAGGGAGCAACUCUACGCUAUGCCUCCAUCAAUCUCAGUUUUUCUCAGUCUGAGGAGGAAGAGGAACAGACUUAUUUCAGCAGUAAUGAGGGGGCGAAGGUAAACACACAGUGUUUUGCAGUGCGCUCUCUGGGCUGGGUGGAGAUAUCAGAAGAGGAGAUGGCUCAUGGAAGGAGCAGUGUUGCUGUUAAUAACUGUAUCCGACAGCUGUCCUACCAGAAACACAAUCUAGAUGACACAGCUGGCAUCUGGGGCGAGGGGAAGGAAAUGCUUCUGGUGCUGGAGAAUGAGACUCUGAACCUGAUCGAGCCUCACGGUCGAACGCUGCUGCACUCUCAGCCAAUCAUCAGCAUUCGUGUGUGGGGAGUUGGACGAGAUGAUGGCAGGGAGAGGGACUUUGCAUAUGUGGCACGAGACAAGUUGACUCACAUGCUCAAGUGUCAUGUAUUUCGGUGUGACACCCCUGCAAAGAACAUUGCAACAAGCCUCCAUGACAUCUGCUCAAAGAUAAUGGCCCAAAGGAAGUCAUCCAGCAGACAGAACACUGAUCCCUCAAGACUUGGGGACCUACCUUUCCAGGAGUUCCCAGUUCCCAAGAAUGAGCUGGUCCAGCGCUUCCAGGUGCGGUACUUGGGUCGUGUGCCAGUGACGAAGCCAGCUGGCAUGGAUGUGAUUAAUGUAGCAUUGGAGACUGCUCUUAACGGCAAAGACAAGGAUUGGACACCUGUGACUGUGAACGUGGCGUCCGCUACACUCACUAUUCUGACUUCUGAGACGGAGGAAGUUCUUUCUGAAUGUCGUGUGCGUUUCCUCUCAUUUAUGGGCGUCGGGAAGGAUGUGCACACGUUUGCAUUCAUAAUGGCAGAGGGAUCUGGAGACUUCAUAUGUCACAUGUUCUGGUGUGAUCCAAACGCAGCAAGUCUAAGUGAGGCUGUGCAGGCUGCCUGUAUGCUAAGGUAUCAGAAGUGUUUGGACGCUCGGCCUCCCAGCAGUGGCAGCUCUUGUCUGCCCGGCCCGCCUGCCGAUUCUGUGGCCCGCAGGGUCGGAUCCAGUGUGAAGAAGGGUGUUCAGAGUCUGCUGGGUAGCUUCAAGAGAUCUGGAUCUCAAACACCCUAAAAAGGAAAAUACUUCCUCCGCAGUGCUCACUGCAAAUAUGUGUUUGCCCUGUGUGUGUUUGUGUUUUUAUGGGCCUAAAAUUAGAGGGUCCUUCACACCACUUCAACUGUCCUCCUGCAGUUAUCGUGCAAUAAGAGCGAGAGGACACACAAGUUACUUUGUCAGAUAUUCCAACGUUACACAUUACACUUUCAUUUGCCUUUUUUCUGUGUUUGUUUACAUUCGCAGAUGUACUGUAGAGGUGAUUUAGUACUACUGGGUUUGAAUGUGAUUUACCAAGAUUGGAUCUUCAGUGUAAUCUAUGUUAUUCGGACUACACUCUCUAAUGACACUAAACAUUACGCAUGCUAUCAAAAAACGCUAAAAUGAGCUUAUGUACUAUGCAAUGUGCUUUUUUUUUUAUUUGUUCUUCCUUCUCUGGCUUUGCAUUGUGACACAUACUGUGCUAGCUUUGACUGCUUAUCUUUUCUUCUGAAGAAUUGAUCACUCUUUCCCAAACUCAGCAUAGAGGCUGAACCGUCACUGAUAUCAGUAGCAAGCCCAGAGUUUGUAACAUCUGUGCGCUUUUUACCCUGAAAACACACCGUCACUGUCAUGUUCCAAACCUGCUUGCAUUCCAAAAGUCUGUUUUUGGCUCCACUGUUUUGACUAUAUGAAAAAAGGUGCAGUUCCAUAUAUAUUCAACUUGCCUUGCUUACUGCAAGUCACAGAGCAUUUUAAUUUCUUCCAUUAUAUUUUUCCAUUAUAAAACUAAUUUGAUUUUCAUUAAAAAUGAACUGAUAUUACACAUUACUACUUUAUUCAUUUGUAAAAUAGCAUAAACAUAUCCUAGUCUUCCAAAGCAGAUUUGCUCAUUAAGAAAGCCUCGGUUUAAAUGAGCACUUUUUUUGAUUAUCUUUAUUUCUUUUACAUUUUUGUGCACGUGUUUUGAUAUGUUGGAUGUCUCUUCUGGAUGAAAAAAAAUAAUUUUUGAUCAUGAUCAAAAACAUUCAAUUUUAACAUCAGCAUAGUGUGUUUAACAAAGAAUGUGACACACGCUGGUUCUCUAGAGGGUGCUCUGAAUUUGUUCCUGUCCAGUUUGUACACACUGGUGUCACUGAAAAGUUUUUUUGUGUGUGAGUGUGUGCAUCCCUCUUUUAAAUUAUACAUUAGUCAACUGAUUAUCUGCACAUAAUCACACAUUCUGUAUUUGGGGAAAAAUGUAUCUUAAAUGCUUUGCAACAAUGGAUGUCUUGCUGUAUAUAUAUAUAUAUUUUCUUUCAAAUACACAUUGUAACAUAUUACCAUGUCUUUUAACUUUUAACAAUGUUAAAUUCAUAAAUAUCAUGUUCUUUGAUUAUUCCAGUUAAUUUACAUACUGAAUGUAACACUAAUAGGCCAGACAGCUACAUUUUUCAUUUGUUUUUCUGUCCCAUUUUUAUGUCUAAUUACACUUGUCGUUAAAGGGAUUUUUUUUAAUACACUUGAUUUUUGUUUUGUCUUGUGCACCUGAAUGCUUCAUCUUGGCCAUGUUUACUAUAAUACUUUGUGUUUAUGUCUAGAUAAUGUAAUGUGAUGCUUAAAAUGCAGUUACUGUUGGUAACACUCUAGAAAAUCUUUAUUGAAGAAUAAGCAUUCAUGUAAAUAUUCUGCAUUACAUCAAGAAAUGGUAGCAAAGAAAAUGAUUUUUUUUUCCAAUUAAAUACCACAAGGGUACUUUAUGUUUGUGUGCCAAAAAGCACAGCUAUAAAAUCACUAGUUUGAAAUGUUACUUGCAUAUGCAUAAAUAUUUGCUGAUUGGUAAAAUGGUAGAAAUGCUUCAAGUAUAUUUGCUUUUCAAAAUAAGGCAAAAUUUUAGCUUUGAUAUUCUGAAAAUUUAAGGUUCACUCCUAUAAACGUUACCACUUAUGUAGGACGUUUUUGCCAUCACAUUUUUUUAAGGAGAGUUGAGAAGUUAUUAAAAUGUAAAUUGGAUGUUAUAUAGAUGCAUAUAAUGUGACUUGAUGGAAUAAAAUGUUCAAAAUGCA